UCGUCAAGCACUUAGAAGUUAUUUCUUCUGAGAAAGAAAUCUUGAAUUUGAAUUCUUCUCAAGAUGCUCUGAAGAAUAGCAAACACAGUGUGGGACAUCCUCUUCAAAAUCAUGACAAAAGACAAAGGAAUCAUUCUCAGAAACUUUGUUUUUCUUGUGGCUUUCACAUCUGAAGUUAUAACCCUAUCCUCCGAUAAAAAUGAAUUUGCAAUUGACAUGUCAAAAGUAGGCCUUACUCAUGUUCCAAAGGACUUGCCACUCAAAACUGAAGUCUUAGAUAUAUCUCAAAACUAUAUAGCAGAGCUUAGCCUCUCUGAAUUUAGAUAUCUUCCGAGGCUGAAAAUUUUAAGACUUUCCCAUAAUAGACUGCGGUACCUUGAUUUCAGUAUUUUCAACUUAAACCGGAAUUUGGAAUAUUUGGAUUUGUCUAAUAAUCAGUUGAAGAGAAUUACCUGCCAUUCCAUCACAAGUCUUAAGUACCUAGACCUCUCAUUCAAUGACUUUGAUGUCUCACCUAUCUGUAAGGAAUUUGGCAACUUGACACAACUGAUUUUCUUAGGAUUAAGUGUUGCAAAGUUACAACUAGAUCUGCUACCAAUUGCACACUUGCAUCUUGAGUGCAUCCUUCUGGAGUUAGAACACUAUUAUGUAAAAGAAGAUGCGAGAGAAAGUUUUCAAGUUUUGAAUACAAAAGCACUUCACUUAGUUUUUCACCCAAAUAGUUUAUUUUCUGUUAAAGCAAACCUAUCAGUCAAUGCUUUAGAGUGCUUACAACUGACUAAUAUUAAACUGAAUGAUGUCAACUGUCAAGUUUUCAUGGAAUUUUUAUCAGAAUUUACUAGAGGUCCAAGUCUUCUGAAUUUAACCUUCAACCAGAUAGAAACAACUUGGAAGUGUUUGGUUCAGGUUUUUCAGUUCCUUUGGUCCAAACCUAUAGAAUACCUGAAUAUCUACAAUUUAACGAUAGUUGAAAGCAUUGGUGAAGAACGUUUUAUUUAUCCUAGGACGACCUUGAAAGCACUGAAUAUAGAGCAUAUUACAAAUAGAGUUUUCAUUUUCUCCCAGAAAGCAUUAUACACAGUGUUUUCUGAGAUGAACAUUAAGAUGCUCACCAUAUCAGAUACACCUUUUAUCCACAUGCUUUGCCCCCAGACAUUGAGCACAUUCAUGUUUUUGAACUUCACUCGUAAUGUUUUCACAGACAGUGUUUUUCAAAACUGUUCCACAUUAGUUAAAUUGGAAACUCUUAUCUUACAAAAGAAUGGAUUAAAAGGCCUUUUAAAAGUAGGCCUCAUGACUAAGGAUAUGUCCUCUUUGAAAAUACUGGACGUUAGUGGGAAUUCUUUAGAAUAUGAGAGGCGGGAAGGAAAUUGCACUUGGGCCUGGAGCAUUGUGGUGUUAAAUUUGUCUUCAAAUCUGCUCACUGACUCUGUCUUCAGAUGUUUACCUCUAAGGGUCAAGGUUCUUGAUCUUCACAACAACAGAAUAAGGAGCAUUCCAAAAGCUGUCAAUAGUCUGGAAGUUUUGGAAGAACUCAAUGUUGCCUUCAAUUCUUUAACCAACUUGCCCGGAUGUGGCGCCUUUAGUGGUCUUUCUGUAUUGACCAUUGACUACAAUGCCAUUUCCAAUCCAUCCGCUGAUUUCUUCCAGAACUGCCCAAUGAUCAGGUCACUAAAAGCCGGGAACAACCCAUUCCAGUGUACAUGUGAGCUGAGAGAGUUUAUCCACAGUGUAGGUCAAGCCUCAAGGGCAGUGGUAGAGGACUGGCCUGCUUCCUACAAGUGUGACUAUCCAGAAAGUUCCAAGGGAACCCCACUUCAGGACUUCCGUGUGUCUCAAUUAUCGUGCAACCCCUCUCUGCUGAUGGCCACUGUGGUGGGUACUGUGCUGGUGUGGGCCAUAGCCACGGCCAUCCUCUGUGUGUAUUUUGAUGUGCCCUGGUAUCUCAGGAUGGUGUGCCAGUGGACCCAGACCCGACGCAGAGCCAGGAAUCUACACGUACAGGAACUACGGAGAGCUCUCCAGUUCCAUGCCUUCAUUUCCUACAGUGGGCAUGAUUCUGCCUGGGUGAAGACAGAAUUACUGCCCAACUUAGAAAAAGAAGACAUCCGGGUUUGUCUUCAUGAGAGAAACUUUGUCCCAGGCAAGAGCAUUAUGGGAAAUAUCAUCAACUUCAUAGAGAAGAGCUACAAGUCCAUCUUUGUCUUGUCUCCCCACUUUGUCCAGAGCGAGUGGUGCCAUUAUGAGCUCUACUUUGCCCAUCACAACCUGUUUCAUGAAGGAUCUGAUAACUUAAUCCUGAUCUUGCUGGAGCCUAUUCCACAGCAUUCCAUUCCUGGCAACUAUUACAAGCUGAGGACUCUCAUGGCACAGCGGACUUAUUUGGAAUGGCCCAAGGAAAAAGCCAAACAGGGACUAUUCUGGGCGAACAUUAAAGCUGCUUUCAAUGUGCAGUUAAUGUUAAUGACUGAAAACAAUGCGGAAGCAUCUUUUUAA